GCGCGCAACUGCGCAUAUCUGUUAUUAUUGAUUCACAAGCGCUUUUGACGGGUCGCUGAGCCCCUGACUGGACCUUUCGGCGCAAUUGUGUUGAAAGUGUCCAUCAUUACUUCAGCUGAAACACUUAUAAAAAUACUUUUUAUAGCUGCUGACCAUCGCAAAGAUGACUUCGAAUUUUAGCCAGAACGCAAUUUUAUUUGGGACUUUGCAGUCGUACUGCCUUGUCUGCGAAUGCUACCUCGCAGGCAAACGAGACACUAUACGGCACAUUUCAAAGGAUGACCAUAAAACAAAUCUGGAAGCUAGCAUUUUCGUGGAGGAAUUUACAACUGAUCAAAUAAGAAAGGUUAAAAAGGGAUUCUUCUGUGAGCUGUGCAAUAAAUACUUUUCAACCAUAAUACAAGGACGGCUCCACGUAUCGGAUGGUGAACACGUCCGUAAUAAGGGCGUCCAACUAUUCCAGCGGAUGGAAAAUGGUAUGGUCAGCUACAAAAACAUACCUAUCACGAAAGAAGCAUGGAAUGGGAUCAUUGAGAACAAGUGCAUAAUCUGCGACACAGAAUUUGAUUCUCUGGAGAGUCACAUAACUAGCCAAGAACAUCUUUUUCAGUUGGUACAGGUAGAUGUGGAGUUUGGUGCUUACAACGGACUCUACAGAGUGUUGGAAAACGCGUUUCAAUGCUUAACAUGCAACGAAGUUUAUACACCAGUAAAUACGAAUGUUGAAGCAAGUGCAACAACGCAUUUCUUAGAGUCUAAACAUAAAAGGAUUUAUGACAAAUUAGCGAAAGCUGCAAACGAACAGUUACAAGUUAACGACAAACGUACGAAUAAAGGAAAAUCACGUGGUUUAAAUGCGAAGAAUGCUUUAAGCCGCCAGCUGUCAUCUGAUUCGUCCCUUGCAAAUGAAGAUGACAACGACGACGGAAUCAAGAUGCUGUCCAUCGAGAAAUUCAUCAAUGAUUUUUAUGCGAUCAAGGGCACAUCUCUGGGCGGCAAAGAUGUUGUCAUAAACACAAAAAUAAUUGUGGGGCUCUCAAGCUUUUAUUGCAUAACGAAAUUGGAUACUUGGAAAUGUGAGAUCUGUGACCUCACUUUAAACUCUGAUGAUAUUGACGCCCAUAGACUCUCUCAGAAACAUGAAGCUGCAAUGAGUGACACUCCAGUCAUAUUAAUACAGGCUGCGGGAAAUGAAUUUAUCAGAGAGGUACGUCCCGAAGUUUACCACUGUGGCUUUUGCAACAUCGUCGAACAAGGCAUGGACAUCAUCUUAAAGCACUUGAAUACCGCAGAUCACAAGCAAAGCAGGAUAUCUGCAGCUUGGCGUCUCCACGAGCACAUGCUGGUUAAGAAAUUGGAAUAAAGCAAAGUCAUGAGCUAUUCUGAUACUUUUCAAAAAUAUGACUAUAGAAUAGGUUAAAAAUCAGCUGCUAAGGACGACGAAGGAUGCCGGUUUAUGGAUAAAUUAAUGCGAAACUAUUUAAUAUUCUUAUUAAUUUUCAAUAGUAAUGAUACUCAAAGUAGUUACUAGUCGUGAGAACGCAUAGUUGAAUGGUGUUGUUAUUUCAUAUACCUACGUCGCAUAGUCAUUUCAUAGAUAUUUACAUUUUCGUGACGCUCAUAGAAAUAAAAAAUAAAACAUUGUAAUCACACAGCAAAUAUUACGGUAGAUUGUAAUGAUGCAUAAUCUUUUUUAAGGUAUGUCUAAAACUUAUUCAAACGUAUUUAAAUGUAUUUUAAAUUUAUGUAAUUGAAUUAGAAACAUUCAUAUUAUAAUCUCUCAUAAUACCCAUAGCAACCUUUUAUGUCAGAAUAGGGUUAGUAAUAAGACUCUGUAACACCACAGCUUCGAAAAAAAUCGCAUAAUUUCCUUCACCCGUCCUACCUUUCCUCUGUAUCUCUCAACUGAAUAUCAACUGAAAGCCGUAAUUUCAUCGUAUUAAUAGUUUUGAUUUAAAAUAUUAGAGUAGCAUUCGAUUUUGUAUUCAAUGUCUUUCAAGUAGUAGAUUGUACAUGUCUUUCUUAAUAAAUGGAACUCAUAAUUAAAAAGUAGCAAUUGUACUUACUCUCUUGGAUCUUAAUGUUUUAUCUAAUUAUUAGGAGACUACUUAGAAUAUCAGUAGCAGUAGUUUUGAAUUGUAACGAUAUGACCUAUAAAUGUCUGUAACGCCAUAUUUAAUAGCGCAGUUUUAAAAAUAAAAUUUUGAUUAAUACAAUUACUUUUGUGUCCGUCAUACGCGUUCAUUUUCACUGACACAGUAUUAAAGUAUUGAAAAAGUUAAGGCUUUAUUAGAUUUGAUGGUUAUGUAAUUAAACCA